CCUCCGGGGAAAAAAAAAGAGCGACCUCCCUUUCCUCGGCGAUUGAGGAUGCCGCUUCGAUCCGGGCUUGUGACGUUCUUCACCGGGCCACGCCGUCGCAGUGGUGGAUCUACAGCAAGCUGCGGCACCGAUCAGGCGGUGCCGGCGGGCUGUCCAUCCCUCAAGCGCAAGUCUUCGGUCGAGGCUGACCUCCAUCGCCAGGUCAGGCGCAAGUCGCCGCCGGCAUCGCCGUGCAGGCGGCCGCCAGUCACGCUGCACCCGCCUGAGGUCGGAGAACAGGUCCCGUUCCUCUCACCUGUGACCAGUGCCUCCCGGGAGGAGGUCACCAGCAAUCGGGAUGAUGAUAGCUCUGACGAAACAUCAGUUGCAGAGUUAGGCGUUAAAUUGUUCCCUCGUCUCCCGCGAGAAGACGCCGCUGCUAUGUGGGUUGGGUUCGUCAACAAUGCAAAGACUUGCCUCAACCAUUACAACAGGAAGAAUCAGGCCAACUUUGUGUACAAGCGUGCACGUGGUAAUGGGUUUUUUCUUGUCACGGAGCAAGAUGGAAGUGAUUACUACCAUCUAAAUUUUCUUGCUCAAGACAAAAACGAACACUCCCAGCUAUUCUUUGGUGAAAUCAAGGUACAUGUUGCUCCUAGGGAGGAGGAUGUCACUUGUUGUUGCCCUAUUUCGCCUUCCGAUCUAGGUGGGAGAAGCAUCCGAACCGUUGAGGAGGCGCUGAAGCAUUUGUACCCUGAUCGGGAAAAGGUGGAAAUGGAUUACGAUCAUUGCUAUGCUUGUCUUCCAAGAUUUAAGCACCCAAGAGGGAGCAGCUACGUCGCAGGACACUUUGCCGAUACUCGACAGUAUUAUGGGUUUUUUUAAGUGAUGUUUUGGAGUUUGGACAUAUGGAUGGCACAACAGGCAUCACCUAAGAAUCAACUGUGCUCUUGUUAUAUUAAUCUGUCAGAUUUCUAAGGAGACUUGCCAUAUUUUGAGUUAUUAAUGUUUUCAAUACAUUGUACUAUA